AUGCUUCUCUUCUCUUCUUUCUCACUCUCCAAGUCUCCUCCUCCUCAAAGGUCGUCUUCCUUCACGUGAUUUUUGUUCCCCCGAUCACAAGCUUCUCUCGCUCUCCCUCUCCCUUGCCUUCAACGCCAUCCUCUCCUUGGAGUCCGCUUCAAUCAACCGGUAUCUCUCACUGAUUUCGAAGAUGAUUCGUCCAUAUUCGAUCUGAUUCCGCUCCAUAGAUCGAGAAAGCUUUGAGCUAAACGAGAUACAAACUCGAGCCAGAUAAAUAUAGAAAGAGAGAUUUGACUCUGCGUAUGUAAACCGUUUUCUAACGGACUCAAUGGCGGGAAAAUCGAAUUAUUCGCGAUUUUACUGAGAGAUCAUAAUAAUGAAGAAGAAGGCGUCAUCGCAGAAGAAGCUAAUAACCAGAUGGAAGAGGAAACUAUUCGCCACGUUGAUGUUUGCUUUCUGCUUGGGAAGCUUCGUAUACUUCCAAGCUCGUUUCAACGGAAUCGCCGCUUCGCUUAAACCUCGUAUCGAUCAGAAACCUCAGAUUGCUUUCCUCUUCAUUGCUCGGAAUCGUCUCUCUCUCGAGUUCGUCUGGGAUUCAUUCUUUCUGGGUGAGGAUGGAAAGUUCUCGAUAUAUGUUCACUCUAGACCUGGAUUCGUACUUAGUGAGGCUACUACUCAGUCCAAGUACUUCUUGAAUCGCCAAGUUAAUGACAGUAUACAGGUAGAGUGGGGAGAAGCAACCAUGAUUGAAGCAGAGCGUGUAUUGCUUAGACAUGCACUUAAAGAUCCUUUUAAUCACCGCUUUGUUUUUCUUUCUGAUAGCUGCAUACCUCUGUACAGUUUCAGCUACACGUAUAACUACAUCAUGUCAACACCAACUAGUUUCGUUGAUAGUUUUGCAGAUACGAAAGAUAAGCGUUAUAAUCCCAGAAUGAAUCCCGUAAUUAAUGUUCAUAACUGGAGAAAAGGAUCACAGUGGGUCGUUCUGAAUAGAAAACACGCAGAAAUUGUGGUGAACGAUACAAUUGUCUUGCCUAUGUUUCAGCAUCAUUGCAGGCGGAAAUCACUUCCAGAGUUUUGGCGAGAUCGUCCUGUACCAGCUGAAGGUUGGAAGGAGCACAACUGUAUACCUGAUGAGCACUACGUUCAGACAUUGCUAGCUCAAAAGGGUGUAGAUAGCGAACUCACACGUCGGUCAUUAACACACUCAGCUUGGGACCUUACUUCCUCUAAAAGUAAUGAACGUCGUGGAUGGCAUCCUAUGACUUACAAGUUUUCCGAUGCUACUCCUCAGCUUAUACAGUCUAUUAAGGGAAUCGACAAUAUCAACUAUGAGACUGAAUACCGGCGAGAAUGGUGUACUAGUAAAGGGAAACCGGCACCGUGUUUCCUCUUUGCGCGGAAGUUCACUCGUCCCGCCGCUCUCCGCCUCCUCCGUGAGUCUAUCUUGUUGAGGGACAAAGAUCAAGACAGUUAACGUAGUAGAUCCUUUGACCAUUCAAAAUCAUAUACUAUACAUAGGUAUGUAAGAUUACAAAGAGUUAUUACGUUUGUACUUGUAAUUUGUAACACUACAAAGAUGGAAUCUACAUAGAAACUUACCAUUUGGCGAAUGAUUGAAGCCAGCGAGCAUUCAUAAGAUGGGACAGUAGAGAAAGAGCUCAGCAGGGGUGACCUGAGAACACAUGAAAAGAAAGAUCUGAGAUAAUGACGUGGCGUCAUUACAGCCGUUGACUGCACAUGUGUUCUCAUAUCGACCCUGUCGAGAUCCUCUACCUUGGAGAUAUUCCUCUCUUCAAAUCAGCAAUAAUUGAUUUUAUUACAAUUUGAGAUUCGGUUCCAAUGGGAACUAUAAAUACACACAUGACGAAAGGAUUGGGUAGUACACACAAUAAUACCACAGGAAACUGUAGUACAAGAAAUGUCGACAUUGUACUUCUCUGCUAGUAGCCUAGUACAAAGCAAAGUUUUGUACUAAUAUGUGAUUUUUAUCGUCCCUACCCUCGUGAAUUCUA